AGCGGUCAGACGCUACCAUCCAAGAAUCUAGGCAAGUGUACCACCGUCUCCACUCUUCAGUCCACCGGAGAUAUAUACGAGCGAAUCAUUGUAGCUUCGUAGCUCGCGUGCAGCCACGGCCAGCGAAGCAGAGCGUGCGUGCGUGCAGAGCGUACGUGAGAGAGAUGUCGUCGACGACGAAGCCGCCGGCGGCGGGAGGGAAGGGUGCGCAGGGAGAGGGGGAGAGGUACCCGGUGGAGGAGGUGGCGCUGGUGGUGCCGGAGACGGACGACCCGGCGACGCCGGUGAUGACAUUCCGGGCGUGGACGCUGGGGCUCACCUCCUGCGUGGUGCUCAUCUUCCUCAACACCUUCUUCACGUACCGCACGCAGCCGCUCACCAUCUCGGGCAUCCUGGCCCAGAUCCUCGUGCUCCCCGUCGGCCGCUUCAUGGCGUCCGUGCUGCCCGACCGCGAGGUCCGGCUGCUCGGCGGCCGCCUCGGGAGCUUCAACCUCAACCCGGGCCCCUUCAACAUCAAGGAGCACGUCAUCAUCACCAUCUUCGCCAACUGCGGCGUCUCCUACGGCGGCGGCGACGCCUACUCCAUCGGCGCCAUCACCGUCAUGAAGGCCUACUACAAGCAGUCGCUCAGCUUCCUCUGCGCCCUCCUCAUCGUCCUCUCCACGCAGAUUCUGGGCUAUGGCUGGGCUGGCAUGCUGAGGAGGUUCCUCGUUGACCCUGCCGAGAUGUGGUGGCCUUCCAACCUCGCCCAGGUCUCCCUCUUCAGGGCGCUGCACGAGACGAAGGAGGGCGGGAAGCCGUCCAAGGGCCCGUCGAGGAUGCGCUUCUUCCUCAUCUUCUUCUUCGCGAGCUUCGCCUACUACGCGCUCCCGGGCUACCUGCUGCCGAUCCUGACCUUCUUCUCGUGGGCGUGCUGGGUGUGGCCGCGCAGCAUCACGGCGCAGCAGGUCGGGUCCGGCUACCACGGGCUCGGCGUCGGCGCCUUCACGCUGGACUGGGCGGGCAUCUCGGCGUACCACGGCAGCCCGCUGGUGGCGCCGUGGGCGUCCAUCGCCAACACAGCCGUCGGCUUCGUCAUGUUCAUCUACGUCAUCGUGCCGCUCUGCUACUGGCGGUUCAACACCUUCGACGCCCGCCGGUUCCCCAUCUUCUCCAACCAGCUCUUCACCUCCACGGGCCAGAAGUACGACACCACCAAGGUGCUCACCAGCGACUUCGACCUCAACGUCGCCGCCUAUGACAGCUACGGCAAGCUCUACCUCAGCCCGCUCUUCGCCAUCUCCAUCGGCUCCGGGUUCCUCCGCUUCUCCGCCACCAUCGUGCACGUGCUGCUCUUCCACGGCGCCGACAUGUGGCGGCAGAGCCGGAGGGCCAUCGGCGCCGCGGCCAAGCUCGACGUGCACGCCAGGCUCAUGCAGAGGUACAAGCAGGUGCCGCAGUGGUGGUUCCUGGUGCUGCUGGCCGGGAGCAUCGCCGUGUCGCUGCUCAUGUGCUUCGUGUGGAAGGAGCAGGUGCAGCUGCCAUGGUGGGGGAUGCUCUUCGCCUUCGCGCUCGCCUUCGUGGUCACCCUCCCCAUCGGCGUCAUCCAGGCCACCACCAACCAGCAACCCGGGUACGACAUCAUCGCGCAGUUCAUGAUCGGCUACGCGCUGCCCGGCAAGCCCAUCGCCAACCUGCUCUUCAAGAUCUACGGCCGGAUCAGCACCGUGCACGCGCUGUCCUUCCUCGCCGACCUCAAGCUCGGACACUACAUGAAGAUCCCGCCACGCUGCAUGUACACCGCCCAGCUGGUGGGCACGGUGGUCGCCGGCGUGGUGAACCUGGCGGUGGCAUGGUGGAUGCUGGACAGCAUCGAGAACAUCUGCGACGUGGAGGCGCUGCACCCGGACAGCCCCUGGACGUGCCCCAAGUACCGGGUCACCUUCGACGCGUCGGUGAUCUGGGGCCUCAUCGGGCCGGGGAGGCUCUUCGGCCAGCACGGGCUGUACCGGAACCUGGUGUGGCUGUUUGUGGUCGGCGCCGUGCUGCCGGUGCCGGUGUGGCUGCUGAGCCGGGCGUUCCCGGAGAAGAAAUGGAUCGCGCUCGUCAACGUGCCCGUCAUCUCCUACGGCUUCGCCGGGAUGCCGCCGGCCACGCCCACCAACAUCGCCAGCUGGCUCGUCACUGGCACCGUCUUCAACUUCUUCGUCUUCAGGUACCGCAAGGGGUGGUGGCAGAAGUACAACUACGUGCUGUCGGCGGCGCUCGAUGCCGGCACCGCCUUCAUGGGGGUGCUCAUCUUCUUCGCGCUCCAGAACGCGCACCACGACCUCAAGUGGUGGGGCACCGAGGUCGACCACUGCCCGCUCGCCACCUGCCCCACUGCGCCCGGCAUCGUCGUCAAGGGCUGCCCGGUCUUCUGAGCACUGAGCUCGCCGGAGCAUCGGACAGUGCCCACCAUGUAUGUAGCUGGCAGUGAUCAUCGUCUGGAUUGGUAGAGGAAGCCAUGAAUUCGGCCUCUCUUGUGUCCAUUAAGCGACGCAGCCGCUCGUCCUGAAUCCCAUUGUAAACAUUGUGUGUGUGUGUGUGUGUUUUCUCCAAGGAAAUCAAAUGCCUGGUCUAUAUAAAA